CAGAGACCCCUUGUUUGUGUUAUUUAUUCAGUUUGAUGAAAAUAUUGAUUAGCGCUCAACAACAUUCUGUGGAUUACCCACUGGAACUAAUUUCGGAGUGCGAUAUAGAAUGGCAUCCGCUUCAAGCAGCAGUGCCAAAAAUUUGUUCAACGAUUCCAAGCGGAGGCUAGCAGAGCGAGUAGCCGUGAAUGUAAACAACGCCUCCUCCGUCGCUCGACAGAUUGUUCGCGGUUCCAAAUCCAAUGAAAUCCUCAUGCAAGCAGCAAAAAAUUUUGCUUAUCACGAAAGCUCUGUGGACAACAGCAUCCAGAAUUUGAAGAAGAUGGAUAUAAUUUUCCAGCAUAUGAAUUACCAGUAUGAUGCGAUCCAACAGGCAGCGGAAAAGUUAGAAUAUGUGGAGGAACAGGUGAACGCUAUGGAAAGAUGA